UUCGAGAUGGAAGCAGCUUCUGUGUGUGUGCUCUAAUUCCUCCAGGUUUUUAUUUUCACCCCCUCUGCAGAAAGGCAAAAAAAAAAAAAAAAAACAACAUCCUAAAACAAACAAGUUUUAAUAACCCCAAGACAACUGCUUUAAUAGAACAGCUAUCAACUCUCAGGAAGCAAAGGAGCUUGCUAGGAAUAUCUUGCAGCAGAUGCUAAGCCACAGAGCAUCCUUCUCCAGUAGGCUUGCAGGACUGCAAGAACACAGAGAAUGCAUCAAAGGAGAACUUCACAGUCAUUUACUUAUUUUUAAGGAUACAUAAAAGGAACCAUGGUGAGCAAAGAAGGGGACAAAUGUGUACUGACAUCCUCGGAAAGUGAAGCUGAGCCAGCUGUUUCCUUAGCCUUAGAGAUGAAAUAUGCAUUGGACCCCAACCGGCAGAUCAAAAAACGGAAUAAAGCCCUCCAAGUUAGGUUUAAAGAUAUCUGCGAAGCCCAAAACGAGCAGAGGGAUAAACAGCUUUGUACUGUGCCGCAAGGUGAGAAAAAAGAUCCAAAAUCUCUUUCUUACAAAGCUUAUCGGAAGUACAUGACAGUGCCUGCUCGUAGGUCUAUACCCAACGUUACCAAGAGCACAGGGGUUCAGACUUCACCAGACCUGAAAAAGAGAUACCAGACUUUUCCGCUGGACCGCAAAAAAGGGAACUUGUUAAAAAACGCUUCUGGAGCCGACACACUGAAGGGUCAGAACAAUGGAUUUCUAAUAGAUGUGAAGGAAUCAAAAGAUCACAAAAGCUCAGGGGAGUCUCAUCAAUGCAGCAGGGUCAACGACCAAGUGGUUGCUGAAUUAAUGGUGCAUUCAAGUGAAAACAUGGACGUCAUUACUUCUAGCAAUUGCUCAGAUGCAUGUGGAAGCACUGAUUUGCACAGCUGUACUAAAGAGUCCCCUUCUCUUCAAAACCCAGCAAUAUCCACCUCUGAACAAACCAUCUGCCAUCUGCAUGAUACAGCAAAACAUAAUAAACGGCCAUUAGGGAAUAUGCAGUCCCACCACUUGGCACAUGUUAAAGUGCUUUUGAAAGAAGAAGCCACCAUACACUCACCUGCACUUAACCCAAACUUGAAAGACCCCGAAGACUUGAGCGACACGGAAAGGACAGUUUGCCCACUGACAGAUGAAAAUGACAAAAGAACUUCUCAUCUCAAUGGCCUUCAAGGCCAAGAUGUAAAUCCAAAAGGCUGUAGAUCACGGCCACAGAGUCAAACGAUGGAAUGUAAUGAGCAGGCCCUGCAGAUUAAUGUUUUACCCGUGGAAAAAAAUCUGCCUUGUCAGACAGCCGUUGGCUUGAGUGAUGAAUGCCAACAAAUUGUGCCUCAUAUGGAAGUGAUAGACUUAAAAGCACAGCUUCAGACCAUGGAGAACCUGAUCAGUUCUAGUCAGGAAACAAUUAAAGUGCUUUUGGGUGUUAUUCAGGAGCUGGAGAAGGGAGAAGCUCAUCGAGAGGGGUUAUCGUAUCGGACUGGCCAGGAUACAGCAAACUGCGACACAUGCAGGAACAGCGCAUGUAUUAUCUACAGCGUCGAAUUGGAUUUCAAGCAGCAAGAAGACAAACUACAACCAGUAUUGAAAAAACUCCAUCCCAUUGAGGAAACUCAGGUUGCACCUUUGCCUUACCCUGCAGAGAGUUACACAUCAACUCCCAAGCAAAAAGCUAAAACAGAAUCAAAAAAACAUGGAAGAUGGAAACUCUGGUUUCUUUAGCUAAAACUAAAAAUAUAUAUUUAAAAAAAAAAAAUAUCAAGCCUGUGGCCUUCUUAGGCACAUACCUGAAAUACAACAGAUCAUCGACAAAGGGAUCUUGUUAACGCAAUGUUAUCAAGGAGGAAAUGGCUGGGCAGUAUGCAGAUACCUACUGUGCGUACCAAAAAGGCCUUUAUACUUGCAAUUCAAUGGCAGAAGCAAGGUAUAAAAAUCACAACAUGCCAACUUUUCCUAGCAGUCCUCUUUGUGGGAUGUAAAAUCUGGAUUUCAAACUUUUGUUACCAAAUGUGAAGAAAAAGAAAAAUUAUGGUAUGAAUUUUUCUCUUUUUCCUCCUUUCUUUCCCCUGGUCCUGCAUAAACCUACGGCUAUAAUUUGGGUCCCGGUUCCUUUUACGUUUUAAACGUGAAUUUAAAGAAGAAAAAUUAUAAAGGGGUCUUUUAUUUAAUGCUUUGUUUCAAAACACAAGCAGGGGAUGAGUGCAGUUCUCAGCACAUCCAAAUUUGGAGAAAGCACAAAUUUUCAAAUGGUUGGAGACCAGCGAAAAUCUCAAAAGAUGUGACUAAACAGGUUUGCCUUCCCAUGCUACUGAAUUAUAUUUUUCAGUCAUUGGCAUGUUUAUUUUAAUAGAACAGAAAUGACAUUUAAAAUUGCUCAAGUGCGAGCAGCCAGGCAUAUCCCAAAGUCAGAACAUGCCUUUAAUCUCAUUGUUCGUUGACAGGGUCAAGGCUAUGGGACACUAUGUUUUCUUAGUUCUAAUUUCUAAUGUUUUCGUACCCAAAAACCCCCAAAACUAUGAAGUUCUGGCUAAAUUUCAUAACUAAUGUUGGAAUACUGUUGGUCUUAACAUUAUGUUUUGUAUUCUAAAGUCUCAAAAUGCCAUACCAAUGUAAAAGAAGCCAAGAUUUAUUAAUUUAUUUUUCGCUUUAAUUUGGCAUUACGCUUUGUUACAAUAGGUCAUAGAGAUCUACAAAUUUUUCCAAUAAAAAUGGUUUAAUUUAGAGAAGUGCAAUUUACAUUUAUUAGUCAUUGUCUGUUUAAGCAAACUAUGUAUAUUGGGUAUUUUCUAGCUAAUUUUAAAGGAAGCAAUUACAUGUAAAUUUAAUCUUUAAUUCAUGCAAUGUUAAAACUUAAUGGUGGGUUGUUUCACUACUUAGUAUAACCUUACAAUCUUAAUACUUGAUUGUAAUUGUUAGGACUUACUUAGAAAUCAUAGUAUAAUAAGACAUUACACUUGUUAUAUGCCCCUAAGCCCACCCCCUACCCCCCCCCCCACCAAAAAAAAAAACCCCACAAAAAUUAUUUUUUGCAAUAUACCCCGUAGCUUGUAAGAUGUUUGGAUGCAGAGAAUGUUUACUUUUUCUACUGUAUCUUCACAGUGGUAGUCUCCCAGAAAGAGUGAUAAUAUAAGGGUUAUAUUCCUGAGAAAUUAUUAUUAAUAUUGUUAAGUAAUUUUAUACAGAAUUUUACACAUUUAUUGGGAGAUCACAAAGAUUUGGCUUGCGUCAUGGAUAAAGUGAUGGAGCUAUUCAAUUAAAGACCCACAAUCAACACACAGACCCACAAUCAACACACAGGCUGCUCCCAUGCUUAUUUGUGUUUGCACCCUACAAAAGUGUGAGCAGAAAUAAGCAUUAAAUGCUUAUGUGAUGCUGGCGGCUUUCUGAUUGAAUAGCUCUGUGCGCUUUUACCUGUGAGAAAACACUGUGUGACACAACCUACACUAACUGCUCUUCCCCUUGAAGUGUCUACUGCUUAUUCAAUUAACACACAAGCUCUUUUUUUCAAAAGUGAUCCAAAAUACCUGGUUACAAAUCAAUUAACACUGAAAAGGCAGCCAAUGAACAAAACAGCAUAUUGUUAAUUAGCUGCUGCAUAUUGGGGAUGUGCCAUAUAUUACACAAACACAUCAGAAUAAUUUCCUACAUUAGUUCACAGAAAAUGUUUAAGAGGUUUUAUGAAUUAUUGUAUAGGUCAUGUAGCCAGUUUUUAUCUUUAAUUUAGACUUUAGAUCUGGGAUUUAAAAUGGCAAAUCAUAUCUAAAUUGCAUUUUUGGAAUGUAACAAACAGCUUAUGUUACAACACUACGGAGUGUAAGGAAAUAAAAGUUCAAUUCAUUAUUUAGAAGAUAAGAAAAAACAAUGCAUGUAUGAUCUUUGAGCGUUUUUUCAAUGCUGGGAUAUAUCAAUUGGAACAAGAAGGGGGCAGAUGUAUUAAGCCUGGAGAAGUGAUAAAAGUCGUGAUAAAGCAGUGAUAAAUGGAAAGUGAUAAUGCAUCAGCCAAUCAGCUCCUAACUGUUCAUUUACAUAUUGGAGCUGAUUGGCUGGUACGUUAUCACAUUGCACUUAUCACUGCUUUAUCACUUCUCCAGGCCUAAUACAUCUGCCCUAGGGUACUUUAUUUGCUAUCACUGUGUGAUAAUUUGAAACAAGUGUAUGGAUUGUGCAUUUUUAAUUAAUACUGUACAAAUUGUUAUCAUGCCCAGGAAAAAAAAGGAGAUGUUUUAUGAGAACUACUGUCAGACUAACUUAAUAGGGCUACUAAAAAUGUACAUAAAAAAUAUUAAAUUAUUUUUGUGUAUAAACUAGUAUGUGUAAAGGGAAUAUAGUGAUCAUGUGCCAAGAAGGAAGUGCAAUUGUUUUAUUUGCAGGGUGGGGGUGAAAUAUUACUGUAUUUUUUAAUGUUUUUUAAUUAAAGAUACAUAUGUUUAUAUUGCACAAUUAAAAUUAUGUCCCCAAAUAAAGUAUUGCCCAUAUAUUAUGAUUAAAUCAGUAGAAUAGUAUAUUAAAUGAAACUCUGGUUUCAAUUUGAAAAUAAAGGUUGAUUUUUUUUUA